UACUUUCCAAUAUCCAACGAAGGACGUUCCGAGGUAUGAAAACAUCAAAACUCGAAGAAGAAGAAAACAUCCAGGAGCAAAAACUAGUAGAACCUGUCCCUGUUGUAUUUCAAUGCCUAAACUGUUUACAAAUUGUCGGUGAUUCGAACUCCUGGGUCAUCUCAAAGGAGGAAUUAAAUACUGUAACUUUGCGAGACGUCCCAGUAGAUCGCGUACGAGUGAGUAAACGGUUAGAAACAACGAAAGACGGACUUUGUGUUUACUCAAAAAUAUACUGUUUAAAAUGUAAUUUUGAGCUUGGGAUGGUAUUCCGUGCAACUUCAAAAGCUCUGGAUGAAUUACGUGAUAUGUACACAUUUCGAAUUGACAAAAUUGAAUCCUAUGAGCUCGGACAAAAAUCAUUUGACACACUCGGUAAUACUCGAUUUGAUAUAGACAUUCAAAUGAAAGAGGAUAUCUUGAAAUUAAAGUCUUUCUGCUUAUCCCUUUCUGAACGCUGGCAACUACAUGAUGAAAGCUUACAAGCCAUAUGGACUAUCCUCAAUAAUGACAAAGAAAAGAACCCAAUAACUGAAAACAAUGUCCGUCAUCGAACGAAAAAGGUGAAAACGCAAAACACUUAA